AUGGAAGAAGCAUUUCCUGGGAAAUCACUUGAUGAUAUCAAGGAUCACUACAAUAUACUCUUAGAAGAUAUCGGUGCCAUCGAUUCUGGACACGUUUCAUUACCCAAUUAUCCAAAAAUGCAAAGAAAUGUCAACCAAAAUACGAAAGCAUAUGUUGAAUGGCGAAGAGGGACUCCUUGGAUAGAAGAGGAGCACAUGUCAUUUCUUCGGGUAUUAGAUAUAUAUGGAAAAGGUGACUGGAAGAGUAUAUCUAGGCAUUGUGUUAUAACAAGAGCCGCAAUGCAGGUAGCUACCCCUGCCCAAAAAUAUUUCAAGCGCGUUGAAGCAAACAACAAAGGGAAUAGAAGAGCAAGAGCAAAACCAAGCGUGCUUGAUAUAAUUAGUGUGGAUGCUGAAUUCGGUGGAACUUCCCAAGUUCCAAACACUGUGGACAUGAUUGGACUUGCUUGCGGAGGAUCAUAA